AUGUCCAUGGCCGUCAUUUGCAAGCCCGCGACAGCAUCUGUGCUGUCGCCGCCACGUCGCACACUUGGACCCACCGUUACUACGCGCGUCGCCAGCAAUCAUAUUGCUCGUGUUUGUCGCACUAGUCGUCUUACGGGUCCUUUGAGCUGCUCUAGUUACGAAAGAUUGCCGAAUUCGGUAACAUAUGCUACGCGACGGUUACAAUCGCAGAGAAGCGGCCGCGCUCGGUGUACUGUCUCGGCGACGGGUGGUACGAAUCCUGCUUCUCACGUAUCCGAAUCACCUUCUACUGCGAAUGACGCAGAGGCGAUUAAAGACAGGCUCCGCGCCGCGAUUGCGAAGUCGGAGCGCGGAGUGGUAACAGACUCGGCGAUUACUCGCGAAAUUCUGGCCUCUAUCGAAUCGCUGGAAAGGUUAGGAGGAGGGGGAAGAGCGGAUGGGGGGAAAGAAGCUCCUGUGACAACGUCUGACGAAUUAUUGAGCGCCACGUGGAAGCUUCUAUGGACGACUGAGAAGGAGACGCUCUUCAUUUUCAAACAGGCUCCCUUUUUCGGCACCACCGCUGGAGACACAUUUCAAACCAUAGACGUGGCGAAGGGCACUCUGAGCAAUACCAUCACCUUCCCCCCCUCUGGCAUGUUCGACGUAUCUGCUUCCAUUCAAAUCGCCUCCGCUCAACGCGUCACCUUCCAGUUCACAGGUGCUCGUCUCGUCACUGCUUCGUGGACCCUACCUGUUCCGCCCUUCGGCCAAGGAUGGUUUGACAACACCUACAUUGACGAGGAAAUCCGCAUCUCACGAGACUCGAGGGGCGACGUGCUUGUUACAGAGCGCUGUGCUCAGGACUAG